UCCCGCCUUAAUUUCAAAACACCACCCAUAAAAACUCCCUCUUAACCCUUCUAAUUUUCAUCUCAAACUUAAAUUUCCAAAUUCACCAUUUCAUUCCACUGAAAUUUUGAAAGUGAAAUCCUGAAAUAGGAAUGGCUCGUACCAAGCAAACUGCCCGCAAAUCCACAGGAGGCAAGGCUCCGCGCAAGCAGCUGGCCACCAAAGCAGCCCGGAAAUCUGCUCCGGCCACCGGCGGAGUGAAGAAGCCCCACCGCUUCCGUCCUGGUACCGUCGCUCUCCGUGAGAUCCGCAAGUAUCAGAAGUCCACAGAGCUUUUGAUCCGAAAACUUCCUUUUCAGAGACUCGUUCGUGAGAUAGCUCAGGAUUUCAAGACCGAUCUCAGAUUUCAGAGUUCCGCGGUGGCUGCGCUUCAAGAGGCUGCGGAGGCUUACCUCGUUGGAUUGUUUGAGGACACCAAUCUCUGUGCUAUUCAUGCCAAGAGAGUCACGAUUAUGCCCAAGGAUAUCCAGCUUGCGAGGAGAAUUAGGGGUGAGAGGGCCUAAUUGUGAGCUUGAUUAGUUCUGGGAAAUAGUUUAGUAAUGCAUAGUAUUUUUGUUUCAUUUUUCUGAUAUGUUGUCGAAUUUUACAUCUUAAUCGAAAUGGAGCAGUCAUUUUUCAUUUCAAUUAAAUUUGAACUGUA